CGCCCUCCUUCAAUUCUUAAGUCUACGACGUCUGUUCAGGGGUAUCAUAUCUCACCCCCUACGCCGGCUUCCCAUGUUAUAACAUCCUCAGCCUGGUUGAUGAAUACAUUAGUUCUGGAUUUCAACGGAAGACUAUUCAUCAUAGCCAAGCUUCUAUCAAGGGGACGGAUCACGACUACCUAGGCCCAUCUAUAACUCUUCUAGGAGUUUCUGUUUUUGCCUAGGGUCGUUACGAUUCAGACGCACACGCUAUGACGAGCAUACGAGAUUUGCUGAGACCAGCGGACAAUGAAACUUCUACUGGGAAAAGAGCGAGAGAUGCAGAUGCAGAUACAGAUGCUAUGGAUAUUGGCGCAACGGCCGAGACUACACACUUUACUAUCGAGUUUAUUCUAGACAUCAUCUGUCCAUAUUGUUAUAUUGCGCUGAAGAACCUGGAUGCCGCGAUCGAGAUCUACACAGCCCGACACCCAGAGGCGACCUUUGAGAUAACCUGUUCUCCGUUUUUGCUUGAUCCCAUUGCGGCUCGAAGUGCAUACGAGAAGUCCACCUAUCUCAACGCACGAACACACAGCCCCGAGCAUUGGGCGCGCCUGGGAGAACCGGUAGGCAUCAACUUCAGCUGGGAGGGGUUAACAGGAAGUACUCGUGACGCACACAAGCUACUGCGUUUCGCGCUCGAGAGCACACCCACAACAGCCCGAAGCACGGCCUUCACCUCUACACCGAGCCGUUCCGCCCAAGGGUCCCCCUCGUCGGUCAGCACCCGCGCCUCCAAGUCUCCGCGUCCGUCUCCAUCUCCGUCUCCCUCCUUCACCACCACUACUCCCCCCUCGGAAACAUAUCGCCGAGGCCCAGCCCUCCAGCUCCAGCUCCUCCGCGCCCUCCUCCGCGCCCACCACGAGCAGGAUGGCGACAUAUCCUCGCGGUCCUUCCUCACCCGCACCUGCGCCUCCGCUACCGGCUUUUCCCGCUCAUCCAUUACCGCCGUCCUCGCGAGCGAGAAGUGGGGCCGCGCUGUCGACAAGCUGUGCGCGGCCGUCAUGAGCCGCCGUGACGUCGGCGUCCGCGCCGUUCCGACCCUUGUCGUGAAUGGGCGGUAUAUUAUUGGCGGGGCGCAGAGCGCCGAUUUCUUAGCCCGAGAGUUGGAGAGGAUUGGACGAGGGGGGCGAUAGCAUGCAUACAUGCUUGAU